CUAGGAUCGUUGAAACAAGGAGCUUUUCGAUAAGGUGUAGACACAGGUUUUCCUUCAUCCCCUUCUGCUCCCGUAUCCCGUGUUCUUUGAUUUCAUGGUCUUGCGGUGUCUGAUCUAGGUUGUUCUUCGUCGUACAAGUCGUGGAAAUCUGUUUUCGGUGUUAUCUGUAAUGAGAUCGAUACAGGUUUAUUGCGAGGCUUCUCCCCUUUUGAGGAUAGAGCUAUUCACAGGCUAGCUUAGACCUUCUAGGUUUUCUCAUCGUCUGAUGACGAUUCUUUCUUAUAAGGAAAUAGAUGGUUUUGGGGGCCUACGAGCAGCACUUCAUCUCCUUUUCUUCUUCUAACAUCUUAUUUGUAUUCACAUUUUUCUUUUCCUUCAAUUAAUUUUUUUGAUCGGUAUCCUUUUUCGCACACAUAGCGAAUGGAUCGAGCAAGAUUCGAAGGCGGAUUUCUGUUUACCUUUUGUUGACACUGGCACUAGCAAAAUUUUUUAGCUCUAUUUCUGGCUAACCUCAACAAGAGCUUCAGAUUUCGGACGUAUUGCAUGUUUAAUUCUUCUUCUUGAUUUAGAUCAUGUAAACGUUAUCCUUUCGUCGAACAGACUGUCAUACAACUGCUCAGCUUGAGCUUGUCCUCGGUCGCAGAUCUCUUUGUUUUAUCAUAGAGAUGGAGCAAUCAUCAGGCCAAUGGCCGCCACCUGAAGAAGAAAACAGCGAUCUUUCCUUCAUCUACCAGCCUGAGAUGAAUUCUCUGGACAUGUUCACGGCAAACCAAAUCAUGGAGUCGCUUGGUGAAGAGCUCCAUCAUCAUCAUCUUCCCUCGGGGUCUUGCUUCCCCUUCGAUUCGGCUGGGAGCAAUGAGUUCAACAACAACGCCAGCGGCUCUCUCGUGGGGAUUCCAUAUGGGACGCGUAUGACCACCGCUGUCACCAACGAGCUAGUCUCGGUUGAGGCACCACAAGCCUCCCCCAACUUUCUCUCGUUUGGUAAUCAGGAUUCGUUGCAUGAUCCACCGCAACUGUAUAUGAAUUCUGGCAAAGGGGUUGUGGAGCCACAGAAUGAGAUCACAAGCCUGUUCUCUCAUGGUUCGACAUGGAGUGAAGACACUCUCGAGUUCCAAAGACAGGAGAAGAAGAGCAUGGGGAGCAGACCACCUUCUUCCGCUCAAGAUCAUGUCAUUGCUGAGAGGAAACGGCGAGAGAGACUUAACCAGCAGUUUAUUGCAUUAUCCACGAUUAUCCCCGGAUUAAAAAAGACCGACAAGGCUACUCUUCUUGGAGAUGCAGUCAACUACAUCAGGCUACUGGAAGAGAAGGUGAAAACGUUAGAAGAGAAGGCUUCGGAGAGGACUGUGGAAUCCACCAUCCUUGUCAAGAAGACUCACAUCUCCACCGGUGACCACACCUCAGAUGCCGAGGGAAGUCCUUUUUAUGAGGCCUUUCCCAAGAUCACGGCCAGUUUGAAUGGGAACUCCAUCCUCGUGAGGGUUCAGUGCGAGAAGCGAAAGGGGUUGUUCGUGAAGGUGCUCUCCGAGAUCGAGAGGCACCACCUCUCUGUCAUCAACACAAACGUCAUGCCGUUUGCUUCCUCCUCUCUCAAUAUAACAGUGACUGCACAGAUUGAAGAGGGAUUCCCGAUGACGACGACGGAUCUCGUGAAGGACAUAGACUCAGCUCUUAGCCGGUCCAUGUGAAGAAGAAAAUACUCCAUAAUCUCUCGUUGCUGUUCCAAGAGAGCGACUCUUCUUCUUCUUUUAAGCUUUCUUUGUCCCUGUAAUUACGAAGGAAAAAGGCUGAGCUAUAUGGGUAGUUUAGCUUCAGCUGCUAUUCCGAUAAGAACCAUCUGCUGUAUCCUCCGACUCCUAGAAUUCACAAGAGGAAUGGAAAACGGAAGCUUCUUCUCUUCA